AAGAAAUGUUACUCUUUUCCAUUAGCCCUAUAGAUCUUAGGAAUCAAAAAACCUUGUUGAGGUUGUAAGUAGUAGACAAAUGUUACGGAAUGUAAUUUUAAAAGAGUGAUAACAGCUUUUGAGUAGUUAAUCCGCAUCUGAGAAAGGCUUUUGAUAAUGAAAUGGUAAAGGAGGGGCCUACAUCUUGAAGGAUUGUGCCCCCCACAAACUCAAUGAAUGUGAAUUAUUGGUGAGCAAAAAGUUUUUGUGAUGAGGGUAUCUUUUGUUGUUGGGUUGUUAUAGAUGUGGAUGAACUUGUGAUAGAAAAACUCUUACACACCCAAAAUAAUAAAAUACAAGAAAUAACAACUUCUGCUUCCUCUGUUGUCACGUUACAAAGAGAUCCAUAAGUGUGUGUUUUAAGAUUUUGGUGGCCAUUGUCUGAAUGGAUUGUGAAUGGGAAAAUCUAAUAUCUUUCGGUACUUCAUCAGCUGAAAUUCCAAGAAAGCUACGACCAAUGGAUUGGGAAGCUGAUGAGUUUGAUUGUAGCUUUACUACAGCUGGUCUAGCUCAUGCUUUCUCUAAACGCUCAAAGUCAACCUCCAUUAGCUCUUCAUCACCCGAAGCGAGAACACUCAACUUCACAUCAGAAGAGUUGGGGAGCAGUGAAGAGUUCGCGAAAGGAAUGGAUACCUCUCCGAGUCUUGAUCUUUCCUUUGGCUCUGGUGAACCGGUUCUUGGUUUAAAGCUGGGUAAGAGAACAUACUUUGAAGACUUCUGGGAAGUGGAGAAUGCGGCCAGAGGCUCGGCACUUCCUGUGAGCCUUGUGUCGUCAUCUUCUGCUUCUCCCGUGAAGAGAACGAAAUCUGUUGCUCAGAAGUUACAAACUCCUCGUUGCCAAGUUGAAGGCUGUAACCUCGAUCUCUCGUCAGCUAAAGACUAUCAUCGGAAACACAGGAUCUGUGGAAACCAUUCCAAGUCCCCUAAUGUCGUUGUGAGUGGUGAAGAGCGUCGGUUCUGCCAACAGUGUAGCAGAUUCCAUUGUCUCUCUGAGUUUGAUGGGAAGAAGCGUAGCUGUCGCAGGCGUCUCUCAGAUCACAAUGCAAGACGUCGCAAGCCAAAUCCUGGGAGGACAUAUGCAGGGAAACAACAGAUGGAUUUUGUAUGGAAUAGAUUUGCUCUUAUCCAUCCAAGAAGUGAGGAGAAGUUUCUAUGGCCAAAUCCAAAACCUAUACCAUCUAGAGGGUUAAUACAGCAACCUGCAAAGACUAGAGCUGAGUUGUUCAGUAAAGAAAAUGUGACAAUCUCUUCAAGGAUGGGUGCUUCUCAAGAUCUUGAUGGUGCUCUCUCUCUUCUGUCAAAUUCAACAUCAUGGGUUCCCUCUGACCAGCCAACACGGUUUUCCCUUGAUCACCACCCCACAACCAACCUCCAACCCAUGGCUCACCGGUCCGUGACUCAACUCAGUACGGUGUCCGACUAUUGGCAGCCGGACCCACCAGCUGUUGAGGGUCCAACUGGUCUACAUAGAAACGGGGUGGGCAAGUUUACUGAGAACUACUUCGGCUUGAACCAGUUUUUAAACUGAAUAUGUAUUGCCUUGAAAUCCUGAUAAGAUUUCGUGUAAGGAUCAUGCAGGCAUAGUGUUAACGUUAAUGUAGGAGCUGUGAAACUUGCUAAGACGCCAAAUCCUGUCUUCUUUAUUUUGUCCACUAAUUUUUCUUGGGUUUGAUUGAGGAAGCUGUGGCAAUUAGUCUUAUAAAUCAUCUUGUCAUGUUAUUAUACACUAGAAUUUUCAUAUUUCGUA